AUGAAUCAGGUCAUAUCAGUAAAAUAAAACUAUUCAUAAACUACAUUUAAAAUUAUUAAUAUAAAUAAACUUGGAACUCUCUGGUUAGUCUGUUUUUCUGUAGUUAACAUUCCCUUUAGUCUUUCAACAUGCAAAUACAGAUGGAUGCUCAGAUGUUUACAUUACAUAGAGAAUUAUAGGCCUAUGUAUAAUUGUUUAUACACUGUACCUGUUGGUUCCUAUACACACCUGCUGCAUAUGUUCAUGUGAUCAGUUCAUAUAUGCUUUACUGGAUUUUGUGAUCAGAAUUCAUUAAAUAUCAGAAAAACAGAGGCUUUAUUCAAGGAUGUUUUGAAAUAAGCUUUGCAUACAGUAAGUAGUAUUGAGUGGUAGGUUCGUGAACUGCAAUAAUUGAUUUGCAUUUUUAUCAUUUAGUCAUUCGCGCUUGUGGUGACAAUAGGGUAUGCAUUAAUCAUGAAUGGAAGACAACCGAGUAGAUUCAAGGAGCGAGAAAUUUGCUUGUUACUACUGUAAGAUCAUCAGAUACCUUUAUGGAACAUUUUCCUCAGAUCUGAAUUUAUUCUGUACUACCGAAUGUGUUCAUUUUUUAUUUUCUUUCAUUUUGCUGGACUUAUUUUGCAGUGUGUGGUGCGAUCCACAUAUUUCACUUAACAGCUGAGAGGCAGUUUAACCUAGAAAAUCUUAUUGGACAUCCGUGAAGAACAAUACAGGUUAGAAACACAAUAUCCACUGUUCUACUGCUAAACUCAUCUAUAUAGACUGUGUUUCUCUGUGUGUCUGACAACAGAAUCUUGCUGUGGAAAUAAGGUCAGUGUGUUGGCAGUGAUGUGAGUGAUUCUGUGGUGUCAGAUUCUCAAUUAAUGUUUUUCUGCCCUUUUAGGAGAGGAAAAUGGCAAAAGCAAACAAAAAUGAUUUUAAACUUUCAACUGACAAAACUAGAGUUGAAUGGGGCUCUGACAUCAUUGUGCCAUGCCACCUGUCACCUGAAAUCAGUGCUGUUGACAUGGAGAUCAAGUGGCUUAAAGAGACAGACUGUGUGUGUCUCUAUAAGAACAGACAGAUGUUUGAGGGGAGGGGCUACAAGGGCAGAGUGAGUUUGUUCACUGAGGAGCUGGACGGAGGAAAUGUGUCCUUACAACUGCGAGACUUCAGACGGUCAGAUGUAGGAGUUUAUCUGUGUCAGGUCACCAGUACGGACAGAACAGAGGAGAUAACAAUAAGAGUAGUAUAUACACAAAGCAUGGAGUAAAGAAGAGAGAAGGAAAAUGACAGAAUCUUCUCUUUUGGCAGG